AUGGAGGGUCUAGUCGAACGGGCUCGAGCAGCGUUCCGGUCCGGCCGCUCGCGGUCUCUACAGUUCCGGCUGCAGCAGCUCGAGGCCCUGCGAAGGAUGGUACAGGAGCGCGAAAGAGACAUCCUGGAGGCCAUCGGCUCAGACCUGUGCAAGAGUGAAUUCAAUGCCUACAGUCAGGAAGUCAUUAGUGUCCUUGGAGAGAUUGAUCAUGCCUUGGAGAAGCUUCCCGAAUGGAUUACUCCUAAGCCAGCUGAGAAGAACCUGCUUGUCAUGCUAGAUGAUGCCUAUGUUCAUUCAGAACCCCUGGGAGUUGUCCUGAUAAUUGGAGCUUGGAACUACCCCUUUGUCCUCAUCAUCCAGCCACUAAUAGGAGCCAUUGCUGCAGGAAAUGCUGUAAUUGUCAAGCCUUCUGAACUAAGUGAAAAUACAGCCAAGCUUUUGGCUAAGCUCAUUCCUCAGUACUUAGACAAGGACCUGUAUGCUGUUAUUAAUGGUGGUGUUAAGGAAACCACAGAACUUCUGAAGCAGCGAUUUGACCAUAUUCUCUAUACAGGAAAUACUGCAGUUGGAAAAAUUAUCAUGGAAGCUGCUGCCAAACAUCUAACCCCUGUAACCCUUGAACUGGGAGGGAAGAGUCCAUGUUAUGUUGAUAAAGACUGUGACUUGGACAUUGCCUGCAGACGCAUAACCUGGGGGAAGUACAUGAACUGUGGUCAAACCUGCAUUGCCCCCGACUACAUUCUCUGUGAACCAUCCCUGCAGAACCAAAUUGUGGAGAAGAUUAAGAAAACUUUGAAGGAAUUUUAUGGAGAAAAUGUACAAGAGUCUCCUGAUUAUGAAAGGAUCAUCAAUCUUCGUCAUUUUAAGAGAAUAAUAAAAUUACUUGAAGGACAGAAGAUAGCGCAUGGUGGAGAGACUGAUGAAGCGUCACGCUACAUAGCCCCAACAAUACUUGUUGAUGUCAAUCCUGAAACCAUGGUGAUGCAAGAAGAAAUUUUUGGACCAAUUCUUCCCAUAGUGCCUGUGAAAAAUGCAGAUGAAGCUAUAAAAUUCAUAAAUGAGCGUGAAAAGCCACUUGCUUUUUAUGUAUUUUCGCAGAACAAUAAGUUGAUCAAACGAAUGAUUGAUGAGACGUCCAGUGGUGGUGUCACAGCCAACGAUGUCAUUAUGCAUUUUACACUCAAUUCCUUACCAUUUGGAGGAGUAGGUUCAAGUGGAAUAGGAGCUUAUCAUGGAAAACAUAGUUUUGAUACAUUCUCUCAUCAGCGUUCCUGUUUGUUAAAAAGUUUAAAGAGGGAAGGUGCUAAUAAACUCAGAUAUCCUCCUAACAGCCAGUCAAAGGUAGACUGGGCAAAAUUUUUCCUUCUGAAACGAUUUAACAAAGGAAAAUUUGGUCUUCUGUUGUUCGCCUUCCUGGGUAUUGUUGCAGCUGUUCUUGUCAAGAAAUAUCAAGCUAUGCUGAGGAGAAAGGUCCUGUUGCUUUUUCUGGUAGUUCACAGACUGUGUUAGUCUAGUAAAUUGUGGUGA